ACUUUUAGUCUCUAAACUUCUUUAAAAAAAUAGUAGAUAUAUUAAACUGCAUUACAUUAAUUCAAAUGUUAAUAUUUCUUUCCUAACAGCCUAUCCAUAUUUCUCUCUUCUUUUUCCUACAAAAUAGAGCUUUUAGCUUUUAGGCUAACGAGUCAUACUCGCACAAACAGACUUACAUUAUAUUGAUUUAAGUGAUAUUAGAUUAAAUAUCUUUUAUAAAAAAUAAAUUAAACUUUCUUACCAAAAAAUAACUCACAUUAUCUUGAUUUAAGUGAUAUUAGAUUAAAAUAUCUGUUAUAAAAAAUAAAUUAAAUUUUACUACCAAAAAACUCAUUAAAAUUAACCAGCUAAAAUAUCUAACAAGAACUAUUCAUCAAAAUUAAUAUACUAUAGUAAAGGUUAGCCUUUUUAAUUUGGAUAAAUUCUUUAAAAGAAAAAUAGAGAAUAAUUAUUGUAGAGCUGAAUCUAAUCAAACUUAAGCCAAUCACAAUUGUCAGUGAGGAAUUGCACCCCGUCACUGUUUGGUUGGUGAAGCGGAACAUCAAUAGUUGAAGCGCAGUAUCACGUGCCUGAGGUUCACAUUAGGUGAACGUGAAUGAUAAAAGUAGUUAAAUAUUAUGGAUUGUAAAAUUAUAAUUUAUUAAAAUUUUAUAUACGAUAAACCUUUAUCGUAUAUAUAAUCCACGUCCUUUCAUAAAGAAGAGAAGAUGUUGAUGGUUAAACAUUCUUUUUGCUAUAAAUGAUCAGAAGUGCCAUGAUUAGAAAGUUUGGCAUUGCACUCAACAUACUAUUUUAUCUAUGUAACGAUUAUUUGUUCAAACAAAGCACGUACCAUUUGUGUAGUUUUGGUGGAGAACGCCCUAGGACGCAAGCCACAACGUGAUUAUCUAAUAUCUAUAGAUGUAUAUGCAUCUAUCUAUCUCCUUCAAGGUUGUUUAUCUUUUGGGUUACCAAAAUCUUGCGUUGGCCGCCAUCAAUGUCCACCAAACUCUUCCUUAUCUAUCUCCUAUCCUCUUUCUCUGCCGUCGCUCUUUUCUUUGCGCUGUUCCUCGCCGGAAUCUCCGACUUCAAACAUGAUGCGUCAUUGUCUCCUCCCUCUCUCAAUCAUGGAUCCGAAAACGACAAAGUUUGGCCUGAAUUGAAGCCGGGGUGGAGAGUUGCGUUGGCCACGGUUAUUGGGUUUCUUGGAUCAGCUUUUGGAACCGUUGGAGGGGUAGGUGGGGGAGGCAUUUUCGUUCCCAUGCUCACUCUUAUUGUGGGUUUUGAUACCAAGUCUGCUGCUGCUCUCUCUAAAUGUAUGAUAAUGGGGGCGUCAACAGCAUCUGUUUGGUAUAACCUGAGAGUGCCUCAUCCAACCAAAGAGGUGCCUAUAAUAGACUAUGAUCUGGGACUUAUUUUUCAGCCCAUGCUCAUGCUUGGUAUAACUGUUGGUGUAGCGCUCAGUGUUGUCUUCCCCUACUGGCUCAUCACUGUCCUUAUCAUUAUUCUCUUCAUUGGUACCUCUUCAAGGUCUUUCUUUAAGGGAACUCAGAUGUGGAGGGAAGAGACUCUUCUAAAGAAAGAAAUGGCCAGGCAAAAGGCAACUUUCGUUAAUUCUCACGGGGAACUUCUAGUUGAUACAGAAUAUGAGCAGUUGAUUCCUAAAGAAGAGAAGUCACCAAUGCAAAUUUUUUGUUUCAAUCUCAAGUGGAAAAGGAUUUUGGUACUAAUGGUCGUGUGGGUUUCUUUCCUACUACUUCAAGUCAUCAAGAAUACAGUAGAGGUCUGCAGUGAAUGGUAUUGGGUGCUUUUCAGCUUACAGUUUCCUAUUGCACUUUUGGUAUUUGGCUAUGAAGCAGCGAAGUUGUACAGGGAUUACAAAGAGAGAAUGAGCACAGGAAACCUGGAAUACAUUUGUGAGGCAUCAAUUGAAUGGACUGUUCUGCACAUUUUAUUUUGUGCGCUAUGUGGCAUUUUGGGAGGAACUGUGGGAGGCCUACUUGGUUCUGGAGGUGGAUUCAUUUUGGGCCCUCUGCUCAUCGAGAUUGGUGUCAUCCCCCAGGUUGCUAGUGCAACAGCAACAUUUGUGAUGAUGUUUUCAUCAUCUUUGUCUGUGGUGGAAUUCUACCUUCUCAAGAGGUUUCCCAUUCCUUUUGCGUUAUACCUCACUGCAGUGUCUGUCCUGGCUGGCUUUUGGGGACAGUAUUUUGUAAGGAAAUUGAUGGAAGUUCUCGAGAGAGCUUCAAUCAUUGUAUUCAUCCUCUCAGGGGUCAUUUUUGCUAGCGCUCUCACCAUGGGUGUGGUUGGUAUUGACAAGAGCAUUAAAAUGAUCCAAGACCGUGAGUUCAUGGGUUUUUUAGACUUCUGCAGCAGUCAGUGAUUCAUGUAGUGUACAGCAGGUGGCAAACGAAGACAACAUUGUGGAGUGUGUAAAAAAUGGUUGGAAAUUGAGGAUAGGACUAUAGAGAGUCAUGAAUGUUGGUCACCGACAAGGAGAUCCUUCCUCUUCAAGUAUCAAAUAAUGGUAGCUUGCCCUCCCUUGUGUGAAACAAUGAUUGUAGUUGAAUGUUAGCUACUGGCUAACACUCUUCUCAUUGCAGUGCAACAUUUGUUUGAUAUGUAUAUUUUUUAAGUUUCUGUUGAGCCUCCAUUCAGUUCUAGACUCAGUGUGAGAAAAGCUUGUGUAUUCAGGGUACGACAACAACUUUCAGGAAUGUUGGUCAAUGUUUGGUUGACCAUCGGAAGUUCCUUUCCUGUGUAAUAAAUAAGGCUAUUAAAGGGAAGAAAAUCAGUUUGUGGUUGAGUUGUUAUGCGACUGACUGAUGGCAAAACAUGAAGGAUUUUUUAUUUCUUUUGCAUCGGAUCUUCACAUGUCCAUUGGAUUGUUUAAGGUUGAAAGGUUUGCUUCUGAGCGAGUAGUUCAAAGAAUGUCUCUGUACUUGCUUGUAUAAAAAAGUUAUUAUUUGAUCGCUGUAAAUCAAUUGAAUACAAUUUAUCGCAAAA